AUGGAUCCUCCACUUUGUGCUAAUGGUUGUGGCUUCUUUUCUUCUCCUGCAAACAAAAACCUUUGCUCAAAGUGUUACAAAGAUUGUCUCAAAGAAAAAAUAUCUAAAUCAAAUGAAGUUUUGAAGAGUCAAAUCAAGUGUUCGAAGGAUGAGCUCUUUACUCUUGACUCAUCUACGUCUCUUAAACCAUGUUCUUCAAAUAACCUUAUAACUAAUGUUUGUGAUCCUAUGGCUAGUGUUGCCAUUUAUGACUCUUCAAGCGUGAAGGACAAGAAAAAGAGGUGCAAAAGCUGCAAUAAAAAGGUUGGACUAAUUGGGUUUGAGUGUCGUUGUGGGGAUGUUUUUUGUGGAAAACAUAGACACCCAGAAGAGCAUGAUUGCAAAGUGGAUUUCAAGGAAAUUGGUCGUCAAGCUUUGGCUAAACAAAAUCCUAUAUGUAUUGGUGAUAAAUUAGAACAUAGGAUCUAA